UGGCACGCCGGGGCGACGCGGGCAGGCGAGGGCCGACGUGCCGUACGUGCCUCCGCGGCGGUCCCGGGGCUGCGGGCCGCACCGCCGCCCUCUCGGAGGCGGGCCGGGCAGACGGCGGCGGCCAUGUUUGUGGCGCGCAGCAUCGCGGCGGACCACAAGGACCUCAUCCACGAUGUGUCUUUCGACUUCCACGGGCGCCGGAUGGCCACCUGCUCCAGCGAUCAGAGCGUCAAGGUGUGGGAUAAGAGUGAGAGUGGAGAUUGGCAUUGUACAGCUAGUUGGAAGACACAUAGUGGAUCUGUAUGGCGUGUGACGUGGGCCCAUCCUGAGUUUGGACAAGUUUUGGCUUCCUGUUCCUUUGACCGAACAGCAGCUGUAUGGGAAGAAAUAGUAGGAGAAUCAAACGAUAAACUUCGAGGGCAGAGUCACUGGGUGAAGAGGACAACUCUAGUGGACAGCAGAACAUCUGUCACUGAUGUGAAAUUUGCUCCCAAACAUAUGGGUCUGAUGUUAGCAACCUGUUCAGCAGAUGGUAUAGUAAGAAUAUACGAGGCUCCAGAUGUUAUGAAUCUCAGCCAGUGGUCUCUACAGCAUGAGAUCUCAUGUAAGCUGUGCUGCAGCUGUAUUUCUUGGAACCCUUCCAGCUCUCGUGCUCAUCCCCCCAUGAUUGCUGUGGGAAGUGAUGACAGCAGUCCAAAUUCAAUGGCCAAGGUUCAGAUUUUUGAAUACAAUGAAAAUACCAGGAAAUAUGCGAAAGCUGAGACUCUUAUGACAGUCACGGAUCCUGUCCAUGAUAUUGCGUUUGCUCCAAAUUUGGGAAGAUCUUUCCAUAUCCUGGCAAUAGCAACCAAAGAUGUAAGAAUUUUCACAUUAAAACCUGUGAGAAAAGAACUUACUUCUUCUGGUGGUCCAACAAAAUUUGAAAUCCAUAUUGUGGCUCAGUUUGAUAAUCAUAAUUCUCAGGUCUGGAGGGUGAGCUGGAACAUAACAGGAACAGUACUAGCAUCUUCAGGAGAUGACGGCUGUGUUAGGUUGUGGAAAGCUAAUUACAUGGACAAUUGGAAAUGUACUGGUAUUUUGAAAGGUAACGGGAGCCCAGUAAAUGGGAGUUCUCAGCUGGGAAACUCAAAUCCUUCACUGAGCUCAAAUAUUCCAAAUCUUCAAAAUUCAUUAAAUGGAACUUCUGCUGGCAGGUAUUUCUUUCCCCCUCUGGAUUCCCCACGGGCUGGAUCAAGAUGGUCCAGUUGUGCCCAGCUCCUUCCUCCUCCUGCUCCUCUGCUAGAGCACUCUUGCGAUGCUGACACUGCCAACCUCCAAUAUCCUCACCCUCGCAGAGGAUACCUCUCUCGGCCUCUUAAUCCCUUACCUGAGAAUGAAGGGGUGUAAAACACUGACUUAAAGGCCUUAUUAUCCAGAUGCUUGUAAAUGCUUUUAUUCUGGGCUGCUUUUUGGUUUCUUCAUUUUCCUUUAGAAGAUCCUUCUUAUUUAGGGCAUGUCUUGCAUGUAUCACAACUCAAGUGUUUGAAACCAAACCUGUGUUUGUACUUCUGCGCCAGGAAUCCUUGGCUUCACUAGUUGGUUACCUUUGAUGAGCUUCAAAAAAGCAGUAUUAACUGUGAAAGAUUGCCAGUAUCUGAUUCAAAGUGCCUGUCUUGUAAAUUCUGUGUGGAAUUGUUAUCAUAGAGUUCAGUUUUGUCUGUUGAUAGGUAGCUUCAUAGGAAAGCAUAUCAUUGUGAACUUCACUCUGUAUUUCAGACAUUAAGAAAUGUUUUGAAUUUUAUAGAUAUUACAAAUGACUGUAAAAUAAAUCAUUCCUGUGUAUAAAGCAGCAAA